AUGUCUAAAAUAAUUAAUUUAAUUAAUUUAAUAAUUAUUUUAUUAAAUUUUGCAAAUUCUCAAAUACCUAACUGUAAUAAUCUAGCCCCCACAGACUCUGCUAGAUUAACUUGUCAAUUUUUGUCUAUGAGUGAUAAUGCUGCAAGGAAUUCUCCACCUCCUCCAAAUCCUCCUCUUCCUCCUGGCGGACCUCCAAAUCCUAAUAUUCCAAAUGUGGCAGCUAAUUUUGCAGCCGUACCUGCUACCCCCUACCAAUGUAUGGAUUUGGGGUGUCUUUGCCGUUUUAUGGGAGGUUGCCCUAAUGGACCCCUCCAGAGAGCAGUCCGUACAGAAUACAGAUUAAUGACUGAGGACCAAAGACAACGAUAUCAUAAUGCUUUACUUCAAAUGAAAAGUGACGGCCUUUUUGAUCAAAUUGCUUCAGUUCACACAACAGCCGUACAAACUGGAUCAGCACAUGGAGGUCCUGCUUUUCAUCCUUGGCACAGAGAAUAUUUGAAAAGGUACGAGUUUGCUCUUCGCAUGGUUGACCCAUCUAUCGCUCUACCUUAUUGGGAUUCUACUUUAGAUGGUGCUUUACCAACCCCUGCAGAUUCAAUAUUAUUUUCCCAGGAAUUAAUGGGACAGGCAGAUUCUAAUGGACAAUUACGCUCUGGGAGAUUUGCCCCUUGGAGGACACUUGAAGGAAAUCCUUUUAUAACAAGAUUUGUCGGUUCAGGAGGAGCUUGUUACCAAGAAUCACAAAUUCAAUGGGUUUGGGGGCAAAGAGAUAUUGCUUUAAUGCUUGCCUAUUCUUUCCCUAAUGCUGGUUGUCCAUAUCAAUUAAUUUGGAAUUUACCUGAAGUUCUAACUCAUGGAAAUGUUCAUAUUUUUGUUGGUGGGGAUAUGUUAGAUCCACGGACAUCGGCUAAUGAUCCUUUAUUUUAUAUGCACCAUUCUUUUGUUGAUUAUAUAUGGGAAGGAUAUCGUGUAAGACAACAAUCUAGACAGCAAAGAGAAACAGAAUAUCCAGCUGAUAAUUCGCAAUGUGAACCUGCACAGCAUUUUGCAGGGGCACCAAUGUUGCCCUUUAACGUAAAAUUAUUUUUUAAAUUAAAAAAUUGUUUUUACAAGCCAAUGAAUAAUGUUGAUGGAUUAAGCAAUGCUUAUACAGACAAUUUAUAUCAGUUUGCGGAAAGGCCUACGUGCCAAAGUGGGGCUAAUUGUGGGUCGACCUACUUAUUUUGUGAUCGCUCUCAUGGCGCCCCACGUUGCGCAUCUAAAGUUAGGAUUGGUGGAGAUUGUAGAGGGUUUAAUUCUCAAGAGGAUGUGUGUUAUAACGGAGUUUGUUCGAAUGGACGUUGUGUUGGUAGACAACUAAGAGCUGAUGAAGAUGGAGAGGAGGAGGAUAAUGAAGUUAAUAAGACAGGGGUUGUUCAAAACGAUCCGGCUGGACAAAUACCCGAUCAAGUCGCGUUUGCCUGUUAUAAUGAACAUGAAUGUUGUGCUAUUUGGGCGUAUGAAGGAGAAUGUGAAAAUAAUUCUGCCUAUAUGGACAUAAUGUGUAGAGCUAGUUGUGGAAAGUGUAAACCAGAUUAUGAAUUAAUUUAUGGUUGUCUAAAUCGCCACCCUCACUGUGAAGAAUUUAAAAAACAAGGUUUAUGUGAAAGAGAAAAAUUGUGGAUGACUGAAAAUUGUCGAAAAACAUGUAAUCGCUGUAAAGAACCUAGAGCUUGGGCAUGUACAAAAACAAGGGGAAGAAGUGCUAAAUUGAAUAAUAAUACAAAAAGUUUUGUUUCUGGUGGACAAUGUGCAAAGAAAACGUGUUACAAUGAAAAUCAGUGUUGUCAACAAUGGAGUCGAAACGGGGUGUGUACAGAUAGCCCUGAUUGGAUGAAUUGUAAUUGCCCUAUAAGUUGUGGAAGUUGUCUUCCAAGGAAUUUUACUUAUGGGGCCUGUUCUGACUACUAUAAAAGAUGUAAAGCUUGGGCAAAUGCAGGGGAAUGUGACAAAAGUGAUUGGAUGAAAGAAAACUGUCGGUUAAGCUGCCAAACUUGUUUAAAGGACGAAGAACUUGAAUCGAUAUGCAAAGCAGCCCCAUACGCCAACACACAAACAAGUUUAUUUCGAGAUAAAAGAAACACAUUUCUGAAAUUUGAAGAGAAACGAACAUUUAAUAUAUACAAAAAUGAAGAAAGUGAAGUCGAGACAAUGUUUUUGGAAGAAUCUGUAUUGAAGUCUGGGAAAGAAAAAUAA